AUGGCCGCGCCCAAGAUCACUCUCUACGUCGAUACCGUUAGUCCGUUUGCGUAUCUGGCGUAUUACAUCCUCAGGCACGAUGAGGUUUUCAAGGGGUGCGACAUCACCUACGUGCCCAUCUUCCUCGGCGGACUGAUGCACAAGUGUGGCAACACCGCCCCCAUCAAGAUCAAGAACAAAGACACCUGGAUCAACACGGAGCGCCUGCGGUGGGCGCGCCACUUCUCGGUGCCCAUGACCCCCGGCCUGCCGCCCGACUUCCCGGCCAACACGCUGCCCAUCAUGCGCGCCCUGUGCGGCCUCGCCGAGUCGGAUGCCGCCGCCGCUGACGGGAAGCAGCCGCGUCUGACCAAGGCGCUCGACGAGUUCUUCUCGCAGUACUGGGAGCACGCGGCCGCGACGCACAAGCCGGAGGUGUUGAGGGCGACGAUGGUGGGGUUGUUUGGGGAGGCGGAGGCGGAGGAGAGCAGGGCAUGCUGGCUCUACCUCUCAACAACUCUCUCAACCCAUCCCCGUUAG